AUGGAUAACCUCAAAGCGCUCGAUCAGGUUUUGAGGGUUGAAAAAAGCUCAGUGCCACCGAGACGGACAGGCAUUCUGUAUAGUACAAAGCUGGAAGGCUCAAUUCGAUUUCUAGGAUGUCAAAGACUACAUGAUGAACGGCAUUACGUUGUUUGCACUAGCGAGGGCCUUCACUUAUUUGAUAGGACUGUUUUGAAGGCAAGUUAUGGCUCUUUUGGUCGCUGCUUCUCCUAUCUCUAUGUGGAAACAGAGACCAAAGAUCUGGCACCUCUUCACGCUAUGUUUAUGAGCGACGGUCAUGUCCAGUUAUUCGAAAUUGACCAUCACUCAAUUGAGCUGCAUACGAGCUUCUCAAUUUCUCAUCAACCUGUGGAUUAUGGUAGAGCUUUUAUUUCAGCAGCCAGUUCCGGUGCAAUCUACGUCUCUUUUGAUUCUCAAACCAUUUUCCAAUGCAACAAGGUGGGGAAUCUACGGGAGAUAUAUAAGGUCGGAAUGGGCGAGCUUAUGUCUUUCUUCUUUAUGAGAAAUGGCGCAUUUUUAUUCUGUUUGUACCGGCAUAAGUCAACAGGUCACUUUUACAUUGAAAUCGCUAAGUUUACUACCGAUAAAUGCUUUGGAGAUGAUGAAGAGGAUGAUUCUUUCUACCUGCCCUCUGGAACGUACAUCACGUCUAAUAGACAUCGUUUGAAGGCGGCCGAUCAAACAAACUGCUACUUCAAGAACCUAAAUGAUGUUUGUGCCAUUUGCAUCACUUCACAGCACACAUACAUACUCGAACCUGAAUCCCCAUUAGUUACUGUGAAAAAUCUUAGAGGCCUUAAUUUGAGGGACGCCAUUGGUGUUAAUGGAUCGGCAUACUUAAUUGAGUCUCGGAACCAGUAUGUCGUGAGAGCCAGUGUUUUUGAUGGUUCUGGAAAUGUGAUGGAAUCAGCUAUUGAGCUCCGCCCUAAAGUACCCCAGAGAGCCACAUGGACUCAAACUCCCUUGCUAGCAGGUCAGACUUUUGAACAAGAUGAACUGAGCUUCGUCGAUCAACUUUUCACCCAGAACUUUAGUUCGUAUUUGUUAGUAUCGAGUUUAACGGGCGUUAGUAUUGUGGAUCGAAUGAAACACUCCAUAUCGAUCAUCCUGCCAGGGCAAUCGAAAAAGGUCUCUGACGGUAAUUGCAUUCCAAAGGACGGCUCAGAUCUCGACUCUCAUAUAUUCUGUGGAGCAUAUACUAAGAGCCAUGGCUUCAUUGAGAAGCGAACAUUAGUAUACGAGACCGACAUAAUUCAGCCAAUUGCAAAAAAACAGCUCUUACAUCACCCUGUGGUUAACUUGUGGGAUAUAGAUCGCGGACUACUCUAUGAAUCCAUGGGUUAUCUGUAUAGUACUAUCACGGAUAAGAGAAUCAUAUACUUUGAGAAUAGCCUUUGGCUAACAAGAAAUAAUGUAAAGAUAGAUGUUCUGCAAGAGGGAACUGUUUCGGUUUCCGAAAUAGAUGUAGCCGCUGAGGGAACGACGUGCUGCGUUUCAGUCAUCUCAGUAGAUGGGAUUCUCAAGGUGCUCGAUUACCGAGACAGCGAACAGUCGGAAAUUCUGCUUUCUUUGGAUUUAGGUGUGACUAAUAUUCAAAAUGGCAAGUCUGCCGUUCUUUAUAGCGCUGAUGAUAAUUGCUAUUACGCUAUCUGUUACCAUGCUCACGGCUGUCUCAAGUUUUUCCGUGACGCAGUUCGAAUUAGAAUCCAGAGUAUGGGAAUGGAUUACUUCCUAUCAGAUUUACUUCUGAAAUCUGCAAAUGGUGGCCUUUACGUCGUUCUCACUAGCAUCGAUGGGCGGGCCAAGGUUCUCGAGUGGGAAAGUGGUAAAUGCGUGCUUGACAUAUCAGCUUCGUCCGGGUCCAGCGUUAAGAUCCUCGAUUUGGGCAGGAGAUCACCAUGCGUGCUAUUUUAUAACGAGAACGAUUGUAUCCUUGCCAAUCUCGAUGGCAUGGUCUAUGGAAGGCUGGAUAUCGGUACUCGUCCAGUGAAGAUCAUAACGGCAAGCUCUGAAAGUGAGGGAAUGGUAUAUCUUCUCGACGAUAAUGGCUGUUUAAACACCCUAAGGUUUUUGUCAUGUUAUGAUUAUCGGUCUAGGAUGUUAUCAACUGUAUGGAAAUCUGACCUCUAUGAUUUGCCUGACUGUGUGCCAAUGCGUCUUCUGCCAUUUUCCGACCCAGCACUGGCUGUCCUAAUCCUAAAAUUCAAAGAGACAGGACGCCUGAGUGCUAGCCUUUUCGAUUACGACAAGAUGUGUCUCGUCGACAGUCAGGACCUUGGCACAAGUGACUCUCACUUGUCAAAUGUUUUACUUCGGAGCCUUGAUGAUGAUAGCAUACCUUCAGAAUCGUUACGGAUAUUUAUGAAAAGAUUUCUUAUCAUCUGUUGCGCAACAGACAGAGAAUCGAACAUUCACGUUCUCCAUUUAAAUGGCUACAAGCUUGAGCGUUUACACUCUGAGCAACUGCCUUUCCCUGUCUUAUCGAUCUGCUUGAUAAAAGCCGGUACUAAGAUCCUGUUGGGAGGGAGUCAGACAGUCAGCUACGAGAUAAAAUAUGAGCCUAAAGAACACGUAAUAACAUUGAACCGCAUGGCGACGAACCUUGUUGGAAAAUCUGCAGAGCACCUGCGACCGCCUCUGUUUUAUUCCUGCAGAAAUAACUCAUGUAUGGCUAUAUCCCUGCUUGGGCAUUACUGCGAGUUUGAUUUCUCAUCUAGUGAAAUGGGAGGAAGCCAGGUAUGCUCACAUCGCAGACUGGCUCGUUUCGGAUCCUAUCCAUUAGUACAGGUAGUGACCAAGAGGUUGCCGAACCGAAGGGACGUCGGCCUUCAAUCCGAGGCUUCAACAAAGGGAUCUUCAUUCAAGACGAGUGCGGAUAUUCUCAGGACUUUGUCGGCUUCGCUUACCACCGGUCCUGAGGAAUUCUACAUGCUUACCAUUGAUUGUGGCGGCUACGUGAACCUAUACAACGGAGCAGCGGAUGCACCAAUAGGUCACUUCCGUCUUACGAGCCCCAUGCUCAGUGCUUCUCCAAUAGCCACACAACAUGUCGGCCUGCAGCUAGGCCGUUUGCCUGGGAGGCGGAAGGACACGCGGUCGCUCUUCAUGAUAACCUGUACGGACGGCCUCGCUUACAUCGUGAGCGAGGCCUACGGCUUCGCAAAAUCGGACUUGGGGGACGCCCGCCUGCUCGCCAUAGGCUCCACCACUAGCGGGUAA